AUGAGGCUAAGUGGCUUCAAGGAUCUUCUAUUCACAGGUGAACAAAUCCCUUCUUACUUUGUACAUUACAAAGGCUGGAAACAAUCUUGGGAUGAAUGGGUUCCUGAAUCUCGUAUGCACAAACUAACCCCUGAUAAUCGUCAGAAGCAGAAAUCUCUAAAGGAAGCCAUCUUGAAGAAGAAACAACCACAAUCAAACACUCAUUCCCAUUCAAUCCCCUCUAAUAAGAGUAAAGGUAGACAAUCUCAACACACUGAUAACCCAAGGAAGCGUGGUAGAGAUACUGAGGAUUCUUCCCUUGAAUCUCAAAAACGUCCUGAAAUUAAACUUGUUAUACCAGAUGAACUUAAGGUUACAUUGGUCGAUGACUGGGAGUUCAUUACAAAGAAUAAUCAACUUAUUCCUCUCCCCCGUACUCCUAGCAUUCAAUCUAUACUAUCAUCCUACAAAUCGCACGCAUCAAAGAAUAUUAAAGUUGCCGCUGGUCAUCAUAAAUCAAAGAAGAUCGCCCUUAUUGAGGAAGUUUUGAAUGGUUUGGAGGUUUAUUUCAAUAGAGCAAUCGCUUCGAACCUUCUCUAUCGCUUUGAGAGACCUCAGUUUGUUAAAGUGAAAAAAGAGGCUGAUGAAAGGCCACAAAACCAUCAACUUAAACAUAUGACUUCUAUUUAUGGCGUUGAGCAUCUACUAAGGCUGAUUGUAAACCUCCCCUCAAUGCUCGCAUACACAUCAAUUGAUGCAGAAAGUGCGACCAUCCUUCAUGAGACAGUACAGAAUUUACUCGACUGGAUUAUCGACAAUAAGAAACAAUUGUUCCUCCCCGAGUACGAGAACUCAAGCCCAAACUACCAAAAUCGUGUCAACGCCGGUAGCUAA